GGCGGCGGGAGCCGGCCCGCGUCGCCUCAGGGGGCGCGGGUUCCCGGCCGUGUGCGUGUGGGGAGGAGGGGGGGGUCCCCCCGCGUCGGGAACCCCUUGAGCGACGGCGUGGUCCUCCGGCUUCGAGGCCCCCGGGCUCCGGAGCCUCGCAGACUAAUAGGGAUGCCAAAGGAAAAAUAUGAUCCUCCAGAUCCUCGCAGAAUUUAUACCAUCAUGUCAGCAGAGGAGGUAGCCAAUGGGAAAAAAUCUCACUGGGCAGAAUUAGAAAUCUCGGGUAGAGUGCGGAGCUUGAGUACAUCGCUUUGGUCGUUGACACACCUGACAGCACUGCACCUAAAUGACAACAACCUUGCUCGCAUUCCGCCUGAUAUCGCCAAGCUUCAGAACCUGGUUUACCUGGAUCUGUCAUCCAAUAAACUCAGAAGUUUACCAGCAGAACUAGGAAACAUGGUGUCUCUCAGGGAAUUGCUUUUAAAUGACAAUUAUUUACGGGUUUUGCCUUAUGAACUUGGCCGGCUCUUCCAGCUACAAACUCUAGGUUUAACAGGCAAUCCUUUAUCACAGGAUAUUAUGAGCUUAUACCAGGACCCAGAUGGAACUCGAAAGCUACUGAACUUCAUGCUUGACAAUCUUGCAGUUCAUCCAGAGCAGCUUCCUCCGAGGCCAUGGAUUACAUUAAAAGAACGAGACCAAAUUCUGCCAUCAGCAUCAUUCACGGUUAUGUGUUACAAUGUGUUAUGUGAUAAAUACGCUACCCGGCAGCUAUAUGGCUAUUGCCCGUCCUGGGCAUUAAACUGGGAAUACAGGAAAAAGGGAAUUAUGGAAGAAAUUGUUAACUGGGACGCAGAUAUCAUUAGUCUUCAGGAAGUGGAAACAGAGCAAUACUUUACUCUCUUUCUGCCAGCAUUGAAGGAUCGUGGAUACGAUGGAUUUUUUUCCCCAAAGUCACGUGCCAAAAUCAUGUCUGAGCAGGAAAGAAAGCAUGUGGAUGGUUGUGCAAUAUUCUUCAAAACAGAAAAAUUUACAUUGGUGCAGAAGCAUACUGUGGAAUUCAAUCAGGUAGCAAUGGCGAAUUCAGAUGGAUCCGAAGCAAUGCUGAAUAGAGUGAUGACAAAAGAUAAUAUUGGUGUUGCUGUGGUAUUAGAGGUCCACAAGGAACUCUUUGGAACAGGUAUGAAGCCUAUUCAUGCUGCAGACAAACAACUGCUUAUAGUGGCAAAUGCCCACAUGCAUUGGGACCCAGAGUAUUCUGAUGUGAAACUUAUUCAGACCAUGAUGUUUGUCUCAGAGGUUAAAAACAUUUUGGAGAAAGCCUCAAGUAGGCCUGGCAGCCCAACUGCAGAUCCCAAUUCCAUCCCGCUGGUGCUAUGUGCAGAUCUUAACUCAUUGCCAGAUUCAGGUGUUGUGGAAUAUUUAAGCAAUGGAGGAGUAGCUGACAACCAUAAAGACUUCAAGGAACUAAGGUACAAUGAGUGUCUUAUGAACUUCAGCUGUAGUGGAAAGAAUGGAAGCUCAGAAGGGAGAAUCACACAUGGCUUCCAACUUAAGAGCGCCUAUGAAAAUAACUUGAUGCCUUAUACUAAUUACACCUUUGAUUUCAAAGGUGUGAUUGACUACAUUUUCUAUUCCAAGACUCAUAUGAACGUGCUUGGUGUCCUGGGGCCUUUAGAUCCUCAAUGGCUGGUUGAGAACAGCAUCACUGGGUGUCCACACCCUCACAUCCCUUCAGACCACUUCUCACUGUUAACACAACUUGAACUCCACCCUCCACUCCUGCCUCUUGUCAAUGGUGUUCACUUGCCUAAUCGGAGGUAGUGGAGUACAGCCCCGCAGAGUCGGGGAUCUGCCGCUAUGGACCUGUACAGUUGUAAAUCAAAGUAUGUAGGAGUGAAGUAUGGCCGUCCUUAAGCUGCUUCUUCAGGUUCCUUUCACUAUGUGUUUGCUAUAAGACUUUGUGUAUUUUUGUGCAUACUGAUAUCAUUUGGCACUAGGGCUGGAACCAAAGUAUUACUGUCUGUCUCUUAUCUAUCCAAAAGUUUAAUAUACUUUAAAAUUGGAUUUCUUUUCCUAUCAUAUUAGGAACCAACAUUCACAACUGAUAAAUCACUAAUUUGAGGCCCAGCACCAGUGUUGCUCUCUAAAAACAAAUACAUUCUUUUAAAUGUUUUCAAAUACGCCAAUCAUUUUUGUAAAAGGUGAUUUUUACAAACUCCAAAUACAAGAUUUUCAGUUGAAUGAUGGCAUGCCUUAUAGGAAAAACGUUCGAGUUUUCUGUUUUCCUUCAUAAUAAGCUGAUUUUUGGCUCCCAAGUCAUUUGCACAUUAACAAAGCACUUAAAUUUGCUUGAUUUGUACAUUAAAUAUAAUAUAGCCACUAGUCAUAACAAGAUAGUUUGAGAAAUGAAAGAUAAUUGCACAACAUGCUUUAAAAAUCAAGCAUAAUAUGUGACAGUUUGUUGGCCAAAUAUUGGUUGGUUUUUUUGUUUGUUUGUUU